AUGUCGUCUUCUACUUCCGACCAAAUCUUGCACCCCACGAAUCCAGUCCUGUUGAGGGAUGUGAACAUACCGAAGGAAAAAGGGCAGACACGCGUUCUUCCAGACGGAAGCCUCCUAUAUCACGAGCCUUUAACCAACAAAGAAGUGCCGGCUGUUCGUCUUGAAGAUAUCAGGCUCAAAGUUGUUCAACAAGCAUCUAAAAAGCUUUCAUAUAGGUUUCCCAAGAAGCGCGGAUACGAGGACACAAACUUGACAGCCUUCGUAAAGAAGGAUUACAAUUAUGGACCUGAGCGGGAGAACCGACCGGACCGUCUGUUUCAGAUCAGAAAUGACGAUGCAAAGGGCGAAAAGCCUAAUGGCUAUGUCAUUGAUGAAGGUCGGAUCGUCCUCGACGCAUUUGAUCAUGGCCUCCGAGACUUCGGAAGUCAGCUCCCCAUGUACGUGUCCUCUGAACUUGAAGGACACGACAUCGAGGACUAUCUUCGUCGGAAUCGGGAGGUAUCUGUUUACGAUCUUGUUGCCCGGGCUCCCAACGGCUACUACAAAGGAAACCCUCAAACGAAGAACAAAAAGACUGAAAAGGAGGAGAAAUCGAGGGAAUGGCAUCAGGGCCCUCCCAGAGUCGGAACAUUCAGUAUGCGGGCAACACGGUUCCGACUGCGCGCUGGAUGUUUGUCCUGGGAGAAGAAGGACGGCACGGUCGCCAAGAACCAGAGGAUCCUUGACGUUAUACCUGCCCGGUACAAGGAUCCAACAGUCAACUCGACCAAAGGCUGGCGCGACCUCAAUACAGCUGAAAUCAAGAAAAUCAAAGAUGGCGCCAUGAAAAAGCCCCAGCAAGGGCCCAAAAAAAAGCGAGCUACUGAGGCGAAAAAGGAAGCCGAAGAUCUUCAAAAGAACGAGGAGUACGAAGAGGAAGGAGGCAGCCAAGACGGGUGCUUCGAGUAUACGCCUGGUGGUGUAGAGGAGGAGGAGAACUACGUCUCCCCGGCCCUUAACCACGGAAGCGCUGCCGGCUUUAGCACACGACGUCCAUGGACAAACAUCAAGCCUGACAAUGAACUUGACUAUCAUGGAGGUUUGAGUCUUCCGAAACCCCCCAAGCGAUCGAGGGAGCAGAAGUCGACAAAAAUGGGGAAUCUGGAAGAGGACUUCGAGGCUCGACCAUUUAAGAAAGGAAGAACGCCAAUGCAUGCUCACAACUCGCAAGGUGUAAGGGAUGGCACCAACCUCCUUCCGCAUACACGUUCAAAAAGCCAAAAGCCAAGGCAUAGAAGAACCGGUGGGCCGAAGCCCGAGGAUGCAGUAGAAGAAUCCAUGAGAUUUUCAUCUGCCACGAAUCCAUAUGACCUACAAGACCAAGGUAUACACACGUGGCCCUCGAGUGCUGGGUUUAAUCAUACACUGGCCCCCUUACCUGAGAGCCUUGGUCAACCUUGGGACACCCUUGGAAGAAAUGCGGAGGCUCGUCGGUCCCCCAAGGAGCUGAGAAGCGAUGAGUGGCGUCAGUCGGACACGAGGAAUCCGCAAACGUACUUCCACCAAGACAAUCUCGGCAGUGACUACUUCCAUGAGCCACCUCCGGGCCCACAUGAGGGCUUUACCCUAGGCUCACAAUUGAUUGGCUUUCAUGCGGGCUUUGCGAACGUGAGUUCGCAGGUGCGAGGGUUCGACAUGAACGAUAGUACCAAUUUCCCAGCAGGCACACAGUAUGCGAGCUCCCAGUACGACCUUCCACAGGGCGGCUUUCCACAGGACGGCUUCUCACAGGACAGAUUUCCGCAGAGCGGCCUUCCACAGGACGACUAUUCACAGUACGACCUUCCUCAUGAAGGCUUUCCUCGGAACAGUAUUUCACGCGACAGCCUUCCACAGACUAUUCUCCCACAGGACAGCGGUCCAUCUGAGGGUCUGACUCGAAACAGCCUUCGACAAGAACAUCCAUGGAAUGGCUCUCUCUAUGUUAAUCCUUCUUGCAAGGACGCUUUACCACCGAUGCCGCCACAAGCAAUUGUUACCGGCAAGCGCAAAAGAACAGACGAUCCUUCUCACGGACAACCGAAGCAGGAGCGGACGAUAAAGCGCGCUAGAAGCAGCAAGACAGCGUUAUUACCUUCGCCAGAGGUUUCACUUGCCGCAUGUGGAGACCCUGGAUAUGGACACUCUCAGAGAGAAUUGGUGGAAUCACAGGAUGCCCGCUUGCCUCAGACAGAGGGUGAAUUUCCGAAAUCCUUCCCGAGCCCCCUCCCAUCCAGCUUUGGAUAUCGUCGAAAUGGAGGGCGUCCCCCAAUUGAGAUGCACGGAAGUCCGUCAGAGACCAACAGUGACUAUGGGAUUUCUGAUGGUCCAGCAAUAGGCCCACUCCACGGCGAGCCUUAUCCUCAAGCUCACGACCCCAUCCACAACGGCACAGAGUUGCAAUCCGGUUUUGAUCACUAUGCUUACCUGCCUGCGGACUUCCAUCGCAGUCAAUGGGAGGCGAUCCAAGCCUCACUCUCGACGGAUUGGCAUCGGGACUGGAGAGCCCAGAAAUCGCGAUACAAUGCCUAG